GCGGGACUGCGCGUGACCUCCGACCUCCGGCUUCGGCCCCGCGCUCGCGGACCGCGCGGGCGUCGCGGCGCCGCCCGAGCUCCAGAUUUAUCCAGACCAAUGAGUGGCGGUCCCAGGGAGGCUUUUCGGCGAGCGGGUGGAUGGCCUUACCGCCCGGAACUGCAACUCUUGUCUCUGCAGUUCCCUUCCAGGGCUGUCAAGAGCCAAGGCACUUAUAUUUGAACUGGAAAUGUCAGAACCUUUGAAAGAACCUUGGAGAUGUCUUUGAACUAGACAAGUUCAGAAUCCUAUCAGAAAGCCGCUUCUGCCUAGUCUGCCUUUCUCCUGUGGGGUUCUCCGGGAGAGGAGCUUGGGAUCAGCAUGUGGGCAGCCAUGCUGAAACUCCUAAAUCUCAACUGGUGCAUUUGACUUCUCCAGUGGGUCUAGUCCAUUCCCUCCCUGAGUUCUAAUAUGCUCGCACAGAAGGGAAAUAGCACUUUCAUGCUGAAUGGAAAGCCUGCAAGUGGCAGUGGUUAACAGAAAACAACAAAGCUGCCACGCCCACAUCCUCUGGUUUGGGGAUCCGGCUGGGUGGAAGAGAAAGCAGAAGAGGUGAAGAGGAUGAAGCUGGCCUGAGGGUAGAUGGCCACCUCCACCUCUGCAGGGACAAAGUCGGCCUCUUGGUGGAAUUAUUUUCUUCUUUAUGAUGGCUCCAAGGUAAAGGAGGAAGGCGACCCAACCAGAGCUGGUAUUUGCUAUUUUUAUCCAUCUCAGACACUGCUGGAACAGCAGGAGCUGCUGUGUGGCCAGAUUGCGGGCGUGGUGCGCUGCGUCUCCCACAUCUCCGGCUCCGCCCCCGCCCUCAUCCACCUGCGCAAGCUCAAGUUUGCCAUCAGGGUUCACGGAGAUUACCUGUGGGCUCUGGGCUGUGCCGUGGAGCUUCCCGACAGCAGCUGCAGGCGUUUUUUGGACCAGCUCAUUGGCUUCUUUCAUUUCUACACUGGCCCCGUGGCCCUGGCUUACAAGACGCGAUCGAGGGAGGAGCUGGCCGCGCAGUGGGACGCCUUCAUUGAGCGAGUCCUGAGCAACACCACGGAGCUGCAUAAGAUAUUUGACUCUCUCUGGAACCUCGACCAGACCAAGGUAGAGCCCCUGCUGUUACUGAAGGCCACACUCAUUCUGCAGACCUGCCAGCGCGCACCUCACAUCCUGGCCGGCUGUGUCCUCUACCGGGGGCUGACCGUGAGCACCCAGCUUCCACCCUCCCUCACCGCCAAGGUCCUGCUUCGCCAGUCCACACCUGGGAACCAGAACCCGCCUGCAGCCGGAGCCGCCCCGCAGGAGGCGGGAGUAGCAUUGCCCCCCGGCGUCCGGAUCACCCCGGUUUUCCUGACCGAAAAGGAGGCUGCCAGCCUCCGUGAGUUUGCAGUGCAGCGGACAGCCAGCUCUCCUUCGCCAGCCAGACUCCAGGAGGGCUUAGAGCCACAUCCUCCCCGAAGCACCUCUGCCUCUGGAGAAGUCGCCAUCAGGCAUGUGGCGUCCACCGCCACCUCCGGGCCCGCAUCCCCCCAUGGAGCGUGGCCAGAUGGCGGGGAGGAGGAGGGCCGCUUGCCUGGCCCUGGGCUGCACAGCACUGCCUGGAAACGGGACCCUGGCCGUGGAUCCCUACAGGGGGAGCGGGGCUUGUCUGCAGUGUGUGAUGCAGAAGCUCCGGGUUGCGGUGCCCUUCCGUCUGAGGGCAGCCCAGGCAGAGGUCCGUGCAGCGAGAACUGCGUGCACACCUGCGGCGGCCCUGCACUCGAGCCUCCCGAGGACACUGCCGGCACCUGCCAUCUGUGUCCCACACCACCUGAGCCACUCACCCAGAACGGAGCCCGGGAGCAGUCUCCAGGCCCUCCUGGUGCCCAUGGCCAAGACCCUUCCCCCAGGGGAGGGCAGACAGAAAAUGAACUUUCCGCAGCCCCUGGUCCCCCAUGCAGCUCAGCCUCUGCAGACACAGGUGACCCUAGCCUGACCCCAGCAGGGUCCCACGUGAGCCUCGUGCCAAUGGCCCUGUACACUCACAGCGUCAAGGGGCUGGCGCUGUCCCUGCUGGCCGAGGAGCCACUGCUCAGAGACGAUGUGGCCAUCGAGGAGGUGUACCAUGGCAGCCUGGCGUCCCUGAACGGGCUGGAAGUCCACCUGCAGGAGACACUGCCCAGAGAGGACGCGGGCCCCGCCAGCCGCACGCACAGCUUCGUGCACUACGACCGCGUGCAGGGCGUGUUGAUGGCGAACCUGCUGCUGGGGCCCACCCCCGUGGACCGCCGCUUCCUGCAGGCCGUCAGCCUGAUGCACUCUGACUUUGCCUGGCUGCCCACACUGUACGAGAUGACUGCCAGGAGUGCCGCCACGGCCGUGUACGCCUGCUGCAGCCCUGCCCAGGAGACCUACUUCCAGCAGCUGGCGCCGCCGGCCCGCAGCUCGGGCUUCCCCAGCCCCCAGGACGGCGCCUUUGGCCUCGCUGGCCAGGCCAGGCAGAAGCUGCUGAAGCACGGAGUGAACCUGCUCUGACGGGGCCCUGACGCCCACCCUGGCCCCGGCCCGCCGGAAGGCCCGGCCCAGAGGGCGCCGCCGCUGUGCACUGCAGAGCUCCCUGCCUGGGUUCCGUGGGGUGUGGGGGUCGCACGUGGUGCCCGGGUCCUGCAGGGCCUGCUCGAACCUCUCUGCCUCCUGUCCCGCAGGCCGUGCGAGCUCCGUCAGCCCCAGCUGCCUCCCCAGCUUCGGGCUCCCCAGCGCCCGGGAGCGGGCGCGCAGGGCCUGAGGCAGGGCCUGAGGAUGUGCUGGUUUGGGCGAGGGCGGGCUGGGCAAGCACCCCGUCCCACGGGGGACCCCAAGCCCUCCAUGGUCGGCAGCUCGUGCUACAUGCCUCGUGUUUCGGGGCCCAUGGGGGAACUUCCCAGCCUCUGCGGUAUCUAGCCAGGCAUCUGGCACCCCAGGCACCCUACUAGCUGUGUUCCAUUACGGCCUGGUGUCGUUUUCCUGAAACAAGUUGCGGAGGGCUAAGAAUAAAGGAAGCAGCACCGGA